AUGAAAGAUGGUGUGCAGGGGCUGUUGUGUGGGGGUGGAGAUGACAGGUUUGACUUGCCCAUUUUGGCAAGUGGGAAGAGGCUCGGUUGCCAAGCUGCUGUCCUGCUGCUGUUCAAGGGGCCUGGCCGACGGGCCGGGCAGAUGGGCCACCAAAUCUUGGGAAUCACACAUGAACUCUCCCAAGUGCUACAAAAGAAAGAUCAAGACAUUGUUAAUGCGAUGAAUCUUGUCAAGGUAGCAAAAUCACGUCUGCAAAUAAUGAGGGAAAAAGAUUGGGAUGUAUUGCUUGCUGAUGUUUCUAAGUUUUGUAGCAAAUAUGAACUGGAUGUGCUUGACAUGGAAGAUGAGUUUGUAGCUCGAAAAAAAGGAAGAAGUAGUGCUGAGAAAAUGAAGAAUCUCCACUAUUAUCGAGUUGAGCUCUUUUGUUCUGUUAUUGACUUGCAAGCUCAAGAGUUGAAUCAACGUUUUGAUGAAGUCAACACAGACUUAGUUUUAUGCAUGUCAUGUUUUGAUCCUAGGGAUUUAUUUUCUGCAUUUGAUUUGGAGAAGCUGCUUCGUCUUGCACGGUAUUAUCCUUCUGAAUUUUCUGAAGUUGCUUUGUCCGAGCUUAAAAGUCAACUUGAGAACUUUAUUUUCGAUGUGCGCAUAGAUGAAAAGUUUUCACAAAUAUCAGGAAUCAGUGGUCUUGCUCAAAAGAUGGUUUCUACAAGGAAACAUGAAGUUUUUCCAAUGGUUUAUUCAUUAGUUAAGUUGUCAUUGAUCUUACCAGUUGCCACUGCAUCAGUAGAAAGAGCCUUUUCAGCAAUGAAGAUCAUCAAGACUUCUCUACCGGUUUCAGAAGAUGAAGAAUAG